AUGUCUAACUUCUUCAGAGACAACUCGAUUGGGUUUAAACCAAGACACAACAUAUUCUCCAAAUUAAGAACAGGCAAGGAUACAGAAUCAGAUGAAUCGAAUAACUCAUCAAUAAUGGAAAAUCCAUUUUUUCAAAGGACGGAAGAGAGUGUAAAAUUGUUAACGCCCAAGGAUAAACCGUUGCUUGCAAAGGAACUGAUACAAAGCACACCAAAAUCUUCGCCAACAAAAAAGCAAGCCGAGGAAGAGGAAUUAGAAAUAACUGAAGUAAGGGAAGUAGCUUUACAACAACCUGAUGAUGUCGUCUCAGAAAAAGACGAAAAGGAAUCGCAUUCUAUCAACGAUUCUUCAACAAUUAAUGAUAACACAUCCUCAAAUGAUGUUUUAUUAGAAGCCUUCACUAACACCCAAAGGAUAUGUUCUAAUCUAAAAAUUGAAUUACAGAAGCAACAGCAGAAGAAUCUACAACAGAAGGAGUUGAUCGAUCAAUAUAAAGCAGAGAUUUUGGCAGUAACUGAAAAAAUUCAUGUCCAUAAAAAUUUACUUUCCCUUUUAGAAGAUCAAAUCAAAGGUUUGAAACAUAGCAAGUCAGAAAACGAUUCUUUAAUUGCAGAACUAGGAGACAGCUACAAAUUGCUAAAUGAGAAAGUUAAAUCAUCGAUAGCAGAGUCAGAAGCCCUUAAGAUCACUCUUCAACAGCAAAAGAGCCUCCAAAAAAGUCUUGAGAGUGCUCUACAACAAAAGAACAAGGAAUUGGAUUACAAGAAAAAAGAACUCGAUGAAUGUUCCGGUCAGCUAAGCGAAGAGAAAAUAAAAUACACCGAGUUACUACAACAGCUCUCUACUUCCAAGAAAGAAAUAACAGCUGAAAUUCAAGAAUGUUUUAAUAAAGUGGAAGCAACAUCUAAUACUCGUGUUGACACUUUGCAGAAUUAUGUUAACUCAAGGUUGCAAGCGAUAUGUGAGAAUAUAAAAGAAGCAAAUGUUGAUAUCGCAAAAGGGCUAGGAAUGGAUUUAAAUCAGAAAACUGAAAAGUUAAUUUCGGAGUUGGGAGUUGUGAAAGACUCUGUUUCAACUGCUGCCACUUCAACUACGGAAAUAAUCAUGCAUGAAGUAAACAAACUAUAUGUGACACUCCCACAUAUCGAAAAUAUCGUUUCUGAAUUAAAGGAAAUGACCGCAAAUAAUGGUACACUCACUAUGGAGUUUAUCACAUCUGCUUUCCUAUCAUCUGUUGAUACUUUACUUAAAACGUUACAAGUAUCUAUGGAAAGUUUACAAAAACUUCCAGAUGCGAUUUGUACCUUGGAUAACAAAAUAACUAGCGCUGAAGGUUUCGAAAACGAAAUUAACGCUUUGAAAGAAGAAGUUCAUACGACAAUGCUACAAAAAACCGAAACUGUUUCUAUGCUCAGAUCUAAAGAUCAUGAAAUAGAGGAGCUCAAUAAUAACUUACUAUCGAAGAUUAAGGAACUAGAAGAGCUCUCAGACAAGAACGCAAUACUGCAAACGGAAUUUUCUUCCAUUACUGUAUCAAAUGAAGCAUAUGUUAGAGAGAUCACUAGGAUCAAGAAAGAGAACGAGGAAGCAAUUACGAGUUUGGAUAGCAAAUUGACAGCCCAGACAGAAAUAUCAUCAAUUCUUCAAAAAGAUAUGAAUGACACAAAGAAGGAAAUUGAUUCCUUAAAGAAGAAACACACACAAGCAUUAGACGAGAAUAAUUCCAUCAAGCAUAAAUACGAAAACCUUCAGCAACAAUUCCAUAAAAUCAAUGUCGAAUUGGUUCAAUCCAAAGCAAAGGAAUUAGAGUUUGGUGAGAUAAAUAGAAACUUACGAGAACAAUUCGAGGAAUUAGAAUCAGCCUCUAAUCACACUAGCAAUUCUUUUAAAAGAGUUAAUGAUAAGGUACAUGCUUUAGAGAAGGAGAAAAGUGCGUUAAAUCUUGAAAAAUUGGACCUAAUGGAUAAAAUAGAAGAGCUGGAAGACAAAUUAAAAGAAGCCAACAAUCAAAAUCGAUCCAAUUCCAACCUAGACCCGCCAAAAAGAAAAAUAUCCUCAACGCAACAAAAAAUCAUUGAAGACGAUGCAUUUGCACUAUCUAGUGAUGAUCUUGAGCUGACGAAUCCGGAGUAUUCUAUGUUGAUGAAGCCUGUGGAGGCUCGUCGGAUGCCAUCUAAGUCAAAUAAAGCCGUACGAAGAAAGAAAUUACUUCUAUCGGAUGAUUUAGAGGAUUCUCCUCGAUUAAAAAAGACCAAAAGAUUCAGAUAA